CUAUCUUAGCUCUCACGCUUCUCUCCUUCCUCCUCUACUGCUAGCCGCGCCGGAACUUUUGUUGGUAGGAACGGGUUUAUACAAUUGAGUGUUGCUGGCCGGCAUCGAGGAGAAUUGGGUGCCGUCCUCUUCCUGUCGCCGUCGUAGCGGCGGAGCGGAGCCGAGCUGAUCUGAUCCAGGAGCGCGGUUAUCCGACCGGCUGGGUCUAUGGUCGCUCCGCGAGCCGCUCCGCCGGCUGGUGCUUUUUUAUCAGGGCAAACUGUGUUCCAUGGCAGGGAACUUUUGGCAGAGCUCCCACUAUUUGCAGUGGAUUUUGGAUAAACAAGAUCUGUUGAAGGAGCGCCAAAAGGACUUAAAAUUUCUCUCAGAAGAAGAAUAUUGGAAACUACAGAUUUUUUUUACAAAUGUUAUUCAGGCAUUAGGUGAACAUCUUAAAUUAAGACAGCAAGUUAUUGCCACUGCUACAGUCUAUUUCAAGAGAUUCUAUGCCAGGUAUUCUCUGAAAAGUAUAGAUCCUGUAUUGAUGGCUCCGACAUGUGUCUUUUUGGCAUCCAAAGUAGAGGAAUUUGGAGUAGUCUCAAAUACAAGAUUGAUUGCUGCUGCUACUUCUGUAUUAAAAACUAGAUUUUCAUAUGCCUUUCCAAAGGAAUUUCCUUAUAGGAUGAACCAUAUAUUAGAAUGUGAAUUCUAUCUUUUAGAACUAAUGGAUUGUUGCUUGAUAGUGUAUCAUCCUUAUAGACCUUUGCUCCAGUAUGUGCAGGACAUGGGCCAAGAAGACAUGUUGCUUCCCCUUGCAUGGAGGAUAGUGAAUGAUACCUACAGAACGGAUCUUUGCCUACUGUAUCCUCCUUUCAUGAUAGCUUUAGCUUGCCUACAUGUUGCCUGUGUUGUACAGCAAAAAGAUGCCAGACAGUGGUUUGCUGAGCUUUCUGUGGAUAUGGAAAAGAUUUUGGAAAUAAUCAGGGUUAUUUUAAAACUAUAUGAACAGUGGAAGAAUUUUGAUGAGAGAAAAGAGAUGGCAACUAUUCUUAGUAAGAUGCCAAAACCAAAACCACCUCCAAACAGGUUUUUGUUUUGUAUCUUUUUCUUAAAACUUCUAUCAAAAUUUCUUGAUUCAUCCUAUUUUUUUUAAUUUGUAAUUUGAGACUCUCAUUUUAAAAAUACAUUAAUCUGAUCUACUUAAUAACUUUUCCAAAUGCAGUGGAGGUCUGUUACAGGUAUCCCUCAACAUAUAGCCACAUACUGUACAUAAAUUUAAACAGAACAGUAUUAGACAAAGUCAUCUGAAAUUCAGUGAUAAGGAAUUCUGCAGUCAGUUUGACUAAGUAACAUUCCUCUUCUCCACUUACUGGCUAUUAUUCUAUUUUAUGAAUUUCAGUAGCAGUUUUUUAAAAUUUUGAUAAAUGAUCUGAUAUGAUAAAGAUAAGAAUUUUGGUUUUUGAGUGAUCCUAUGAACCACAGCACACAACAUACCUUUUCUAAAUAUUAAUCACCUGUGCUAAAGAGUUUUUUUUUUUUUUUUUUUUUUUUUUUUUUUUUUUUUUUUUAGAUAGGAUCUGUUUGUUUAGUUCUUUGAUUCAGCCCUCACAAUAUAUCAGGCCAGAUUAUUUGAGGUAGGAAGAAAGGUGAGGAGGAAAAUAAAUGCUACCCAUCUUAAUAAUUUAUUUAGAAAGAUAAUUUGUAUAACAGUAAGAUAGAUUUAUAGAUUGCUACUGAUGAAAUGUUACAGUCUGGAAAAAAAAAAUGAUACUUAUAACAAGGAGCUGUUCAAGGCAGUCAUUCAAACAGCUACCUUUGGAUGCAUUUUUUGCAGAAAUUCCCUGAGUGAUUCUCCACUAGUGGCAGGGCCUGAAGCUGCAAGAUGAUGGUGGACAAGAUAAGGCAGUAAUCCUAUUGCCACAGUUACUGGUAUUUUCAGCUUUAGUUCUUUUUAAAUAUUUAGCAUUUUCCAGGAAAUUACUGAAUUUUUUCUGACUUACAAGGUUUGUUGUAAUUACAUCUGAUUUUAUUAUGCCAUUGAACAGCAGAUUUUUAGAAAAAAAUUUUUUUUUAUUUUCCUAAAUAGUAGAAAUAGGAUUUUAUAUGUAAGAUUUAAUUUUGUAGGACUUUUGUUCAGAAGUUGUGAUCUCUAUGUUGAGUGAUACCUGUAAUAACAAUGAUAUCCCAUACCCUAAUUUAAAUUUUUUGAGUGUAUAUGAACACUAACUUCCAUACUGCUUGUAAUGUGUGAGAGUACAAAGUGCAUAAGAAUAAAAACAUAAAACCAAAUGUUAGUCUUCUGGAUUUUAAUUUUUCCACAUCUGUGUCUUAAUCAGAAAUGUCUUUGUACAGUUAUGCUGCAGAUUCAGAAAUUAAUAGGCUUAUCAGGGUGUUGAAAAUGAAUCUUUUAAUUAGUAUAAAAUCUCUUUCUUCCCCAUUUGAACAGUGAAGGAGAGCAGGGUCCAAAUGGAAGUCAGAACUCUAGCUACAGUCAAUCUUAAAACAUUCCGAAGAAUUCCGUAGUGGACCACUUGGAAAUAAACCAUUGGACAGAUUUCAGUAAUGUCUUCAGUGGAAUACAAAUGAAAAUGAAUAGCUUGUUUCUGUCAAGCAUAUUGGGAAUUGAUUUUAUUUUUGCAAAAUAAGUUUUUUCUUUACCUAAUUUGAUUCUAGUACAUAAUUGAUAAAAAUCUCUUAAUUAUAAAAGUUUGGAAAGGUUCUAUGGGGACCUACAGACAGACAUACAUAGACAUUUCAUGAUUAAUAGCUUUUGAUUAGUGUAUUGCUUAAUUUGGAUGAAAGACAUUGUAGCUUUUUACUAAGCCAGAAAACAUGAAACAUAAUUUGUUUAAAAUUCUGUGGUCAUUGAGGGACCAAAAAAAGGACACAAAGUCAAUAUAUGAGGGUCCCCCCCCCUCUGGAAGUUAAACUUUAAAACUGUAUUUAAGGAAUAAAAUCUUACAAAAUCCUGGAAGAUUUUGAUAAUGAUGUUGAUAAUUUCAGGGAAAUUAAUCAAGUACCUAUUGAUUUUAAAAUGUAUUUUAUUCAGUAGUUUGGGUGUCUUGCCAUGGAAGAUACUAGCCCGGCCUAUCAGGAAAGUGCAAUAUGUAUAGGAUACUUUGACAUUUUAAAAGCUAUAUUAAUUCCGUAACCAUUUUGAAAUGCUGGGCAAACUUUUUUUAAAAAGUGAAUCAUACAUGAAGUUAUUUGCAAUUAAUUCAAUUAAUGAGACAUUUUGAAAGUUUAGUUGGAUAAAAUACCAUAAUGAGGUUGAAAUUUUGAUAAAUUUUUAAUGUUGAUUUUUAAUCUGCUGUGAAAAAAAUUUUUUUAUAAGAUACGUGCCCUAGUUUAAUUUUGUGUCUUCAUGUGGAUUUACAGAUUUACUGCAGGUAUCCUGAGCCAGGAAUACAAUCAGGUUUCAGGCCAGUUUGAAACUGGCUAUUCUUAAUUUUCAUGAGUGUAGGACCAUCAGAUUCAAUGUUAUGUCAGUGGACUGUGCUGUCUGUGGAACUUAAUAAAUUAAUCAUUUUCUUCAGACCUGAAGGAGAGUGAUAAAACUUGGAGUCAUAGGAUAUUAAUGUACAAUUUAAGGAUUAACAAAUUUUCUAUAAAUAAAUUGUGAACAAUGGAUUAUUAAAUGUUGACUUCCUUCCUAGUAUAAGACUGCAAGAAUAAAAGUAAAUUCUUCAGCUAUAUUGACCAGUGUCUUGAAUUCAUCUUUUUGAAUUUACCUUUUGUUUUCUGAAAAUCCUUCUUUGAUAAGUAUUAAAGUCUUCUAUAUUUUAUCAAGGGGAUGAUUUCAAAUGGUUUAUAAACAGACUUUAAGUCCUAUUUUCUUAGGGAGAGUAUUAGAUGAGACAGAAAGGGAGACAAUGUAUAAAAUCAGUACCAAUGAUCAGCAUGGAUCUCCUAAGCUUAUGGUAGGGUAAAAAAUAAGAAAACAAACUCUCCUCAGGUCUGAAGGAAUUAAUGUUGGGUUUGGGAUGGCUGGGCAGAGUGAUUAUUUAUCACAAUAAUUAACUGUAAAGUUUUCCUUUAAACUUAACCUAUCUUAAAAAGUUUACUUUUAAAAUUAAUACAUAUGCCUCAGUUUUGUUUGCAGCCUCUUAUUGUGGAAAAUUUAAAACAAUAUACAAGAACAGAUAGAGCAGUAUAGUGAAUGUCCAUGUACCUGUCACACAGCUUCAGCAAUUAUUAAUUCAUAGCCAAUUUCAUUUUGUCUAAACUUCAAGCUGUCUUCAGUUUGCAUAUUAUUUUGAAGCAAAUCCCAGAUAUUGUAUCAUUUCAUUUCAUCUAUAAAUAUUUUAGGACCUACUCCUAAGAGAUAAUGGUUCUUUUAAAAAACUGUACAGUAUCAUGCUGUAUAGAAUUAGUAAAAAUGGUUAUCAAAUACUCAGUUCAAAUUUUCAGUUAUCUCAUAAAUAUCACAAAAAUAUUAAUUGAUUAUAGUCAGGAUUUAAAUAAGGACUACACAUUGCAAUUCAUUGAUAAAUUCUUUAAGUUGUUUUAAAUUUAUAGGUUCUUCAUCUCACUUUAAAAAUUCCCCGUUUUUGUUUUGUCUACUAAAAGUUUCUCAUGACAUGAAUUUUGUUGAUUAAAUCCUUUACAUGCCAUUUAACAUGUUUUCUCCUAUGUAUUUUAUAUAAAUUGGUAAUUGAAUCUAAAGACUGGAUUACAUUCAGGUUCUUUUUUGGGGUAUAGACUACUGUAUAAGAUGGUAGUCUUCCAUCAGGAGGCAUGUAAUGGCUGUUUGUUUCUUCCUGUAAUUUACCAACCACUGAAGAUAUGUAUGGUUUAAAAAAAAUCAGUUAUUAUUAUAGGAUACACUGUCCAGUAUGAUAGCCACUAGUGCCUAUGGCUAUUGAACAUUUGAAAUGUGGCUAAUCUGAAUCAAGAUGUGCUGUAAAUGUAAAAAAUACAUGUUAUAUUUCAAGUAUUUAGUACAAAACAGAAGAAUGUAAAAUUUCAGUAAUUUGUUUUAUAAAGAUUACAUUUUAAAUGAUAAUAUUUUGGAUACAUAGGAUUAAAUAAAACAUUUUAAAAAUUAA